AUGAAGGGCUCCCAGGCCUUUCACAGAAUCUUUCUGGCUUCUCCUGCCCCUGCUUCCCUUCUCUUCCAACCAGAUCUACAGCGCACCCACUGUUCCUUAGACUACUUCAUGUUUUGCUGUCUUAAUGUUCCUGCUCACCCUCAUCAUAUUCUAUCAAAAUUCGACUCAUUUCUUAAAGUCUGUAUCUUGUACGUCAGUGGUUUUCAGGGUGUUUUCCACUCUCAGAGAAGUCCCCUGGAGUCUUGCGGGGGUCCACGUGGUCAAACCAGUUUUUGUAACACUAAGACAUUAGUGCUUUUUCACGUUUUCACUUUGUUGACAUUUAAUACUGUGGUGGAGAGGCAGAGGAACCAGAGAUCAAAUUGCCAGCAUUUGUUGGAUCAUAGAAAAAGCAAGAGAGUUUCAGAAAAACAUCUGCUUCUGCUUUAUUGA